CAUCUGCCUUGGUUUCGAUAUAAAAACCAAAAGAAUUUGAAAAUACGGUUUCAUUGUCAAAACACAAGUCUUCGCAAGAUGAGGUAUCGGUUGCUGGUUUUAUUUUUGGCAACCAUACUGGGCCAGGUGUGUUCUACAAUUCUAUUGAAUACUGGCGGAAUACAUCAACACAGCAGUAAUGCCUACAAUACGCAAGGGUCCAAACAAAUACCAACAAAUCCAAUUACAGAAAAACCAGCCAUAACUAUUCCUACUUUAAAACCUGCCAUUAAAAAUGCCGUCGAGCCUGAUGGAUCUGCUUAUUUAAUGCAAUUGAUCGGACAACUUGUGGGCAGUGCUAUUUACAAUAGACAAGUGGCAAAUGAUGCCUAUGAAUAUGGUGUUUAUGAUCCCUAUGCAUGGCCAAAUUACGAGUAUCCAGCGCAAAAUGACUUCGGCAAUGCCUAUUUGGAAACGCCACAGUAUUUAAAUUACUACGGAUCCCCGUCCCCACUUCCAUAUCCAUAUGCAAUUUUAUAAAGAAAAAAUCGUAAAAAAAUAUAAUUUUGAAAUCUGAACACUA